AUGUCAAUAUUUACUGUACAGCAACAACAACAACAACAGCAAUUAUCGGUCAGCAAGAGCUGUAGCCUGCCAAGAAUACCACAAAAUCGUUUGCCUGUCGUUCAUAUUCUCACAUCAAGAAGUGAACCCGGUGAUGUCAAAAGAAAAGAACCGUUUCAAUUCGAGAAAGUUGCUCGAUUUUUUCUCGAUCCUCACACAGCACAUCUGACUGAUCGGCGGCUACGAUUUUGUCAGAAACUACUUCGAUGCCAUGAAAAUGGAUACAUUCUAAAAGAUGUACCAUAUCUAAUGCAACUGCUAAAUGUUCUCGCAGGUUGUUGUGAAGAGCAACCAGUCUAUGUCAAUCCAUUUAUUGAGAUUGUGAAAAACUGCUCUAAACCAUUCCUAUUGGAUAAAUCAACAGAUGCAGAAAUCUAUGCAUCCGCAUUGAUUGCUUUCUGUUCAGACUUCGGUUAUCUUCUUCGUGUAUCGAAUAAACGUAUUCAGCGAUGUAUUCUUGAAACACUUUACAAAUCAAUUCAACCUACCAAUAAAUCACCCAUAGCUGACAAUGAUUUUGAUGGUUUACGACCAAUUCGAAUUGAUUAUUUAUUGAAGAUUCACUGUUAUAGUGAUCUUUGCGAAACAUUAGUUAAAACAAUAUCUAUGUUCGAAAAUGAUCUAUCACUUCGGAUUCAAGCAGUUAAAUUACUGCAGAUUUAUUCAUCGAAAUCGCUUGACUGUGUAGCAAGAAUGCUAACUCAUGAUUGUAUCAAUCGAUUAGUAGCAAAGAUGAAUGAUGCUGAUCCAACAGGAGAACUUUUAUUUCGUACAACUGAAGUACUGUGGAACAUUUUCGACUUCGCCGAUGAAGAGCAAAUUGGUGAACAAUUGGACUCACGUGUCACAAUAAGUCUUCUACAAGAAGCUUUCAUUGGCCAAGUAACACAAAAUCAUAGUCAAUAUCAUUGUCAAUUGAGAAACGAUUUGCUUAUUGUUUGCUCGCGCAUCAUUGCCAUUAAACCUGAUGCUCCAGUAAUCGAAACCGGUUUUGCAAAGCAAUUACUUCUACUCGCGUCUUAUCCCGAAUUACGUAGUAAUAAUCCACUGGUCAAAAAUCUAAAAAUUACCACAUCUGAAGAAGAUUUUGAAUUUAAAAAACUCUUAAUUAACACUGUUGUUUUACUUGGUCGUAAUCCGGUGAUAAAUGAUUUAAUCACGAAUAGUCGUGUCUUACUCGCCUUAUUGUCGUAUGUCGAACCGUUACCUCGGAAGAAAAAUCAAUUAGUCAAUGCAUUUGAAUGGUCUCUGUCACAAUUAGAAGAGCUUCAACUACAUGCACUUGUUGCGCUUUCCAUUCUUUUGCCACGCUCGUUACAGGAAUACUUAGAAUAUCAUACAAGUACACGACUUCUUCUAUUCUAUGAAUGGACACUAAAUGGCGGUAAUACAAUUAAAACGAAAGAACUGUUUUGUAUGAAACAAACCUAUUUUUUAGAUGUUUAUCAAAGUCAGGGUAAUGGAUUCUUUGGUAAAGGCGGUCGAAACAGUAAACGAUCACAGCUGAAAUAUAUCAUGCGACUAUUGCGGAGUAUUGUUUCCACAAAAGAUGAAGGAAUCUUUGUGGAUUUAUGCGAUCAAGGCUUGAUACCAUUGAUAACCGGACAUUUAAAACGCCUGCUUCGAGAAACGUCCAAUCAUAUUGAUUAUAUCGAUUUAGAUUUACUUUGUGAUGGUUUGUUUGUUCUAAGUUGUUUAGGCGAGCUGGAUAUUCACAGAAAAGAAAUCUUUGGCUCGGAAGGUAUUGAAAUUCUCACCAAAGUUCUUCUGAGUGAAUCAUCGCACGUUUGUGGUGGUCUGGGAUAUUAUCGUUUACUUGUCGCGGCUAUUGAUUGUGUCUGGUGUUGUGUCAUUGGUAGUGUAAUCAAUGAAGAUGAAUUCAUUCAAAAACAAGGUCUUUUUGCCUUGCUCGACUUGAUUGAAGCAAAUCCAAAAUCAUUGCAAAAUAUUAUUCUCGGAUGUUUAUUGGAUUUAACAGAAAAUACUAAAUGUUUGCAUUUUAUAAUGGCAUGGCAAGGACGAAAACAGCAACAAUUUCCACACGUUCUUUGUGAACUAUGGCGCGAUGAAGAACGUGAAAUACAUGUGGCUCGAACAGGAAAAGGUGUGAUAGAGGAUCAUAGAAAACCAUUAAUGGGUAUACUUCAACAGUCAGCGCCAGUCAUUCCAUUGAAAUCUGUAGAACCACCUCGAUCAGUUCUCGAUCUGAUCGAUAAUAUGCGAUCAAAGAUCUAUGGGUUUUUCUGUAAAAUAGGCUUUGGUGAUUUGCCCGGUUUACACGAAGAAGAUUUCGUUACUCUAUGCAUCAUUGAGAACUUUUUGGACUUUAAGUUGGGUGAAGUAUGGCAAGAAAUUAUGAUGGAACUGGAUAUGGAAGGUACACAAGUAAUUGCAACAGAUGGAGAAGCCACUGACACAAUUCUACGAGCAGCUGAAGAGCGUGGAUUAGCGGUGACAGCAACACAGAACUACAUUUUAGAGCAGUAUCAUAAACAAGAUUUACACUAUGAAAAAUCAUUCUAUCACGAAAUAAUUCGAAAUCAUCAAUUUCAAGAAAAGGGUCUGGAACAGUGGAAAGCAUACCUUGCAAGAACAUCGAAAUAUCCGUUGCUGAUGGUUGCAAAAGAUGCUCAAAAUGAAUCAAUUCAACAGUCACGACCGGACGAAAAGAGCUAUACAGGUUAUCACACAGUUCAUAAUUUAGAAAUUCCAAACUUAUCAAUAACGGCUUUUACUGGUCGAGUUUUACAUAUUGAAAGCACACCGGUGGAAUUACUCAAUAAAGGUCGACGGAUGGAAUUCAAUUCAUAA